GCCAUGGACACAGAGCUGCUGACUCAGCACAGUCCUGGCCGUGGGCACAGAGCUGCUGACUCAGCACAAUUGUGGCCAAUGGGCACAGAGCUGCUGACUCAGCACCGUCCUGGCCAUGGACACAGAGCUGCUGACUCAGCACAGUCCUGGCCGUGGGCACAGAGCUGCUGACUCAGCACAAUUGUGGCCAAUGGGCACAGAGCUGCUGACUCAGCACCGUCCUGGCCAUGGACACAGAGCUGCUGACUCAGCACCGUCCUGGCCAUGGGCACAGAGCUGCUGACUCAGCACAAUUGUGGCCAAUGAGCACAGAGCUGCUGACUCAGCACUGUCCUGGCCAUGGACACAGAGCUGCUGACUCAGCACAGUCCUGGCCAUGGGCACAGAGCUGCUGACUCAGCACAGUCCUGGCCCUCUGCUCCUGGGGGCUUUGGUGUCCCAUUGAGCUCCUCCAGGUGGGCAAGGCCCAGGCAGGGCUGCUCUCUGCGGCCUGCCCUUAGCAUCUGCUCCUGCUGGAGCCAUGGACUGGGCUGGCUUGGAAGGGACCUUAAAGCUCCUCCAGCUGCCAGCCCCUGCCAGGGGCAGGGACCCCUCCCCCGAGUCCAGGCUGCUCCAAGCCUGGAACACUCCCAGGAAGGAGACCUUCAUCACCUCCCUGUGCCACCCGUGCCAGGCUCUCCUCUCCCUCGCUGCCAACAAUUUCUUCCUGCUCUCCCUCUGCCAGCUCCCAGCCAUUGGCCCUCGGCCUGGCACUGCCAGCCCUUGCCCAGAGUCCCUCCCCAGCUCUCCUGCAGCCUUUUCAGCUCCUGGGAGAUUUCUCUGAGGUCUGCCUGGAGCCUUCUUCAGGCUGAGCACCCCCAGCUCUGCCAGCCUGUGCCCUCAGGGGAGCUCCUGCAGCCCUCUAAGCAUCUUGGUGGUCUCCUCUGGCGCCUCUGCAGCAGCUCCAGGUCCUUGUGCUGGGGGCUCUGAAGCUGGAGGCAGAGCUGCAGGUGGGGGCUGAGCAGGGCAGAGCAGAGGCAAUAUCCCCUCCCUGGACCUGCUGCCCACACAUCUGCUGCUGCAGCCCAGGCCCUGGCUGGCUCUCUGGGCUGGCAGUGCCCACUGCUGGCUCCCACUGAGCUCCUCAACCUCUCCGAGUCCUCCUCCUCCAGGCUGCUCUGCAUCCCUGCUCCACUCAGCCUGCAUCUGGGCUUCAGCUUGCCCUGCCCCAGCUGCUGACCUCACCUUUGGCCAUGCUGAGCUGCCUGAACCUGUCUUGGGCUCUCCUCUGCCACCUGCCCAGGCCCCUGGGCAUGGAUCCCUCCCCUCCAGCCUGCCAGCCACACCUCACAGCUUGGUGGCACCUGCAGGCCUGCUGAGGGGCCUCAAUCCCACUGCCCAUGUCAGCAGCAGCACUGCUCCAGUGCCAGCCCCUGGGGGCACCUCUCAGCCCUACUCUGCCCUUGAGCACUGAGCCACUGCCCGCAGCUCCCCUCAGCCAGUCCCUCCUGAGCCAGGGCUCCACCCACUGGGCGUGGAACCAGGGGGGCUGGGAGAGGUCUCUCAGGUCCUCCAACCUUCAGCCCAGCACUGCCAUGGCCACCAAACCCUGUCCCCAGGUGCCAUGAACCCUCCCAGGAAUGGGGACUCCACCACUUCCCUGGGCAGCCUGUGCCAGUGCCUGACCACUCCUGCACUCCAGAAGGGGCUGCCAUGGAGGGGCAGCCAGGACCUGCGGCCUGCGAGCCCCCUUUUGCCCUGGGACUCUCCCCCCUCCCUGGUGGAGAUGGACCUGAAGGUGCAGGAGACCAGGAGGAGGAGGAGGAGGAGGAGGAGGAGGAGGAGGAAGAGGACACAGCUGGGACACAGCAGAGCACAGAGCUGGGAGAAGACUCCCUGGAGGACCUUGGCCGAGCUCCUCGGCGACGCUGGGGCCGGUGCUGCCGCAGGCAGGGGUCUCUGCCCACUCGAGGUGCAGGCAGGGCCUGCCAGAAGGGUGAGGAGGGUGAGGAGACUUCUCCAUGCCCCCAGGCACAGGAGGAGCCUGGUCCAUGCCGGAGGAGGCAGCGGAUGUGCCUGAAGCCCACGGCCAGCUGGGCUCCUGUGUCUCCAGGGGCUGGGGAGAGCCUUGAGGAGCCAGGACCUUCCCGUGGGAAGCAGCUGAGGCUGAUCCGGGGCCGGGCAGGGGACCUGAGCAAGAGGUUGGCAGAGAACGGCCUGGAGCAGGCAGCGCAGAGCAGCGAGGAAGAGGAGAGAGGCUCCAGGUCCUGCUCCCCUGAUGCCCCUCCCAAGCCAGACUUCGUGCAGCUGAUCGACGAGCGCGGAGUCUACUCCACCGCCAAGCUGGUGCUGGGCAGCGCCGUGCUGGGCGAGCUGGAGGAGGCCACGGCCGGGGGGCUGCCUCCUCACCUCACCCAUGGAGCCAGCAGUGUGGUGGGUGAGCUGGAGGAGACCGCAGCCGGGGGGCUCCCCUCACCCCCUGGCCACUGCGGCGGCGGCGUGGGUGAGCUGGAGAUCCGCGAGGUGAUCGUGGACGAGAAACCCUUCCAGUGCCCCAGCUGCGAGAAGGCCUUCAAGAGGGCCUGGGAGCUGUUCAGCCACGAGGUGGUGCACAACGAGGAGCGCCCCUUCCGCUGCCAGCUGUGCCAGGCCUCCUUCAAGCGCCACUCGGACUUCAAGAGCCACGGCCUGGUGCACACGGAGGAGAGGCCCUUCCGCUGCGAGCUGUGCGGGAAGCGCUUCAAGCGCUCCUCCAACCUGCAGGAGCAUCGCCGCAUCCACAGCGCGCAGCGCCCCUUCCGCUGCCCGCGCUGCGCCAAGGCCUUCAAGACGCCCUACGAGCUGCAGCGCCACGGCCUGACCCACUGCGCCGAGCGCCCCUUCAAGUGCCCCGACUGCGGCAAGGACUUCGCCGCCGCCGGCGCCCUGCUGCUGCACCGGCGCCAGCACUGCCAGGACAAGCCCCACGCCUGCGGCGUCUGCGGCAAGAGGUUCACCUACGGGCACAGCCUGAAGGUGCAUGAGCGGGUGCACACCGGCGACCGCCCCUUCGCCUGCCCGCUCUGCGGCAAGGCCUUCAAGCAGUCCAACGCCCUCUCCUCCCACCAGCGGGUGCACACCGGCGAGAGGCCUUUCGCCUGCAAGACCUGCGGCAAGGCCUUCAAGCAGUCCUCCUACCUGGCGAUCCACGAGCGGGCGCACACGGGCGAGAGGCCCUACGGCUGCGAGGCCUGCGGCAAGGCCUUCGCCCGGCCCUCGCUGCUGCUGCAGCACCGCCGCGUGCACAGCCAGGAGCGGCCUCACCAGUGCAGCUUCUGCCACAAGUUCUUCAAGGACGGAGCCUACCUGGCGGUGCACGAGAAGGUGCACACCGGGGAGACGCCCUACAAGUGCAGCGUCUGCGGCAAGGGCUUCGCCCACCCCUCCAACCUGCUGCAGCACCAGCGGGUGCACCGCGACGCAUGAGGCCUCGGCUCGGCUUGGCGCUGCCCGGUGCAGCUCAACUCAGCUCGGCUCAGCCCAGCUCUGUCCAGCCUGGCUUGGCUCAGCUCAGCCCAGUCCAGCUCAGCUCUGUCCAGCCUGGCUUGGCUCAGCUCUGCCCAGGACAGCUCAACUCAGCUCGGCUCAGCCCAGCCCAGCUCUGUCCAGCCUGGCUCAGCUCGGCUCUGCGCUGUCCAGCUCAGCUCAGCCUGGUUCAGCUCUGUGCAGCCCAGCUCAGCUCUGCCUAUCCUGGCUUGGCUCAGCUCUGCCCAGACCAGCUCAGCUCAGAUUGGCUCAGCUCUGCUUGUCCUGGCUUGGCUCAGCUCUGCCCAGUCCAGCUCAGCUCAGAUUGGCUCAACUCUGCUUGUCCUGGCUUGGCUCAGCUCUGCCCAGUCUAGCUCUGCUUAGCCUAGCUUAUCUCUGCCCAGCUCAGCUCUGCCCAGCUCAGUUCAGCCUGGCUCAGCUUUGCCAGGCAGGAGGAGGAGGAGAGCAGCGCAGGGCAUGUGACCAGCCCCCCAGCUCCAUGCUUGCCAAGCCGCCCUGGUGGCCCCACCCUGAUAGCCCCACCCCAGCAGCUGCUGGUGGCCCCAGCUGGCCACCCCCAAGCAGGUUGGGAGACCUCCUCUAGGUGCACCUCGAAGACCACUGUGGACCCCUCAGGAAGCUGUGGUGCUUCACCUGAGCCCCAGCCCAAGCUGGCCACAAGCUCUGCUCUCCUCCUCCUCCUCCUCUUCCUCUUCCUCUGCCCGGCAGAGCUGAGAAGGGCUGGGCAGGGCUGAACCAGGCUGAGCUGGGCAGGGCAGGGCAGGAC